AUGAUGGCGCCGACCUACAGCCGCCCGCGCAGCCGGGCCUCCUCGCAGGGCAGCUCGUCCGGCCAGUCCGUCGUCCUCAACACCCCGCACGACCCCACGCCCGAGGACAAGCUCGGGCCGCACGAGCACGACGAGCUGCUGUCCCAGGACUCCCCCCGCAAGCCGCCCCGGCUGCCCGACAUCGACUACCAGCUGCCCUACGACUCCGCCCUCCCCGACAUCGACCUCCAGCGUCAGCUCCCGCCCCACCGCAACCUCCCCCCCACCUUCAGCGUCCAAGCCGACCCCCCCGCUCCUAAGGAGCCCGCCCCCUCCGUCGUCGUCAGGUUCAAAAGAGCCACGCGCGUGUUCUGGGCCGAAUUCUUCGGCACCGCCAUCCUGGCCCUCUUCGGCACGGCGGCGAACAACCAGGUGGCGCUGAGCAACUCGCCGCUUGUCUCCAGCGCGCCCGCCGGCUCGUACAUUUGUGUGGCGCUCGGAUGGGCCCUCGCUGUAAUGUUGGGCGUGUUCGUGUCUGCUGGAAUCAGCGGCGGCCACAUCAACCCGGCCAUCACCCUCUCCCUGGCUAUCUUCAGACGCUUCCCUUGGUACAAAGUGCCCGUUUAUUGGCUCGCCCAAUUCAGCGGAGCGGUAACUGGCGCAGCAUUCACGUACUGGAACUACUCGAGCGCCAUCAGUCUUUAUGAAGGCGGCGCCGGGAUCAGGACGAUCGAGAAGACGGGGGGCUUGUUCUUCACAAAUCCGUUGAGUGAUGCAUUACCUUACGCCUCCAACUAUCUCUGCUUCUACAACGAAGUGUUGAUGACUGCGAUCUUGAUGAUUUUCGUCGUAGCCACAGGCGACGAAGGCAACACCAGCCCCCCUAAAAACAUGGCACCUUUCGUCGUUUUCUGGGUGGUGUUUGGUUUGGCUUCCACCUUAGGAAUGCAGACUUCAUUCUCCUUGAACCCAGCACGAGACUUGGGCCCCAGAAUCGUCACUUGGCUUGCUGGCUAUGGCGGUGGAGUAUGGUCCGUUCGUUCGAGUUAUUGGUUUUCUGUGGCCAUCCUUGGACCAGUAUUUGGUGCCAUUUUGGGCUGCUUCAUCUACGACUUCUUCAUCGCCACCGAGAAAGUCCCGGACUGUGCUCUCCACCAGCCCAAAGACAUCCGCGGUCUCGUGAAGAAGUUCAGAGACGUCACGCCCAUCAAGGAUCCUGAGCAAACUAACUUGACCAAGUUCGAGCGGCAGAGACCCGCCCGAGUGGAGUUCCCUACCGGACGCCGCCACCCCACUCACGUGGACGAAGUCAGCAUCACUGGCAGCGCAAGAACCACUUCUCACCGGUACACAAACUUGACCCGCGGCUAA